GAGUGGCUGAGCAGAUUCGGCUACCUGCCCCCAGCAGACCCGGAGAGCGGACAGUUGCAGACGCAGGAGGAACUGUCCAAGGCCAUCUCCGCCAUGCAGCAGUUUGGGGGCCUGGAGGCCACCGGAGUCUUAGACGCCGCGACCCUGGCCCUCAUGCGGACCCCGCGCUGCUCCCUGCCGGACCUGCUCCCGGCAGCCCCGACACGCAGCAGGCGCCAGGCCCCGGCCCCGACCAAGUGGAGCAAGCGGAACCUGUCCUGGAGGGUGCGCACGUUCCCGCGGGACUCGCCGCUGGGCCGGGACACGGUGCGGGCUCUCAUGUACUACGCGCUCAAGGUGUGGAGCGACAUCGCGCCGCUUGACUUCCAUGAGGUGGCGGGCAGCGCGGCCGACAUCCAGAUCGACUUCUCCCGGGCCGACCACAACGACCGCUACCCCUUCGACGGCCCUGGCGGCACCGUGGCCCACGCCUUCUUCCCCGGCGACCACCGCGCCGCGGGGGACGCCCACUUUGACGACGACGAGGCCUGGACCUUCCGCUCCUCGGAUGCACACGGCGUGGACCUGUUUGCAGUGGCCGUCCAUGAGUUCGGCCACGCCAUCGGGCUGGGCCACGUGGCAGCCACCGGCUCCAUCAUGCAGCCCUACUACCAGGGCCCCGUGGGCGACCCGCUGCGCUACGGACUCCCCUACGAGGACAGGGUGCGCGCCUGGCAGCUGUAUGGAGUGCGGGAGUCCGUGUCCCCCACAGCACAGCCGGACGCCCCCGAGCCCGAGGAGCCUCCCCCGCUGCCAGAGCCCCCUGACAAUCGGUCCAGCACCGCGCCCCAGAAGGACGUGCCGCACAGGUGCAGCUCCCACUUCGAUGCAGUGGCCCAGAUCCGCGGCGAGGCCUUCUUUUUCAAAGGCAGGUACUUCUGGCGGCUGACGCGAGACAGGCACUUGGUGUCCCUGCAGCCGGCGCAAAUGCAUCGCUUCUGGCGGGGGCUGCCACGGCACCUGGACGGCGUGGACGCCGUGUACGAGCGCACCAGCGACCACAAGAUCGUCUUCUUCCGAGGAGACAGAUACUGGGUGUUCAAGGACAACAGCGUGGAGGAGGGGUACCCGCGGCCCAUCUCCGACUUCAGCCUCCCUCCAGGCGGCGUGGACGCAGCCUUCACCUGGGCCCACAAUGACCGCACUUACUUCUUCAAGGACCAGCUGUACUGGCGCUACGACGACCACACGCGGCGCAUGGACCCCGGCUACCCCGCCCAGGGCCCCCUGUGGAGGGGGGUUCCCAGCCGGCUGGAUGACGCCAUGCGCUGGUCGGACGGGGCCUCCUACUUCUUCCGCGGCCACGAGUACUGGAAGGUGCUGGAUGGGGAGCUGGAGGUGGCGCCUGGAUACCCACAGCCCACAGCGCGGGACUGGCUGGUGUGUGGGGAGCCGCAGGCUGGCGCAGGUGCAGACAGGCCGCCGGUGGGCCCUCAGGGCCGCAGCGGGGCCCAGGAUGGCCUGGCCGUGUGCUCCUGCUCGGCUGCCGGGCGCACGCUACCCCUGCUGCUGCCGCCACUGCUGCCCAGUGCGCUGGGUGCCCUGGCCCGGGCCCCCUGAAACCUGUGUGAGGGACACAGCCAGUGGCUGCCUCCAGGAUGCCAGACCGGCCUUGUGUGCCCCGUGCCCUUUCUCCCUGGGUGCACUCGACCCUGGCACUGCCUGGCUUCGCUGCGCCUCAGCGCCAACCCCUCGUGGCCCCUGGGGUCCCCAUCCUGGGGUCACGGCGAGGUGGACCAGCUGAGCCGGGCAGGGAAUGCAAUUCCCACCCACUGCAGGCAGAGGGCACGCACGCAUCCCUGCCGGGGUGGCUGCUAACAGCCCCGCAAGCUUAAGACCCACUGCAGCCGUGGAGCCUGCGAGUCCUCAGCGCCCAUCCCGUGGGGGACCCUCCCUCCAUGGCAGGGCCCCGGCUUCCUGUGAGAACCCCUGCUGGGCCACCCGCCCCCGGUGGGGACGGCGCCCCCUCCCUGGCCACAGAGGGGUUUCCAAGCCCUGGAGCAGGAGCAGGGUCAGAGGAAGGCGAGGGCCCAAGCGAGCAGAGCCUCAAGUCUGGGACGGGAUAGGGCUGACCCCGGGAGGCACUCCCUGCCCGCGCUGGGCCUAGGGGAGCAGGGCCCACGCUGGCUCCAGGCUCUGCAGAGCCCGGGCAAGAAGCCAGGCUGCAAGUGACUGGCACCGUCCAGAGCACCGAGAGAUGAGUCCUCAGCAGGUGGCCUUGGGUGGGCCGAUGGGAGGGUGGCCACCGGAGGCCCUGCGUGGGUGGGCGGGGGCAGUUCCAUGCGUGACGCGGGUCCACAUGCACCCGCUCUUCCGGGGAGAAAUGUGUCUACACCCGCUGGAGCCCCACGCCUGCUCUGGCAGGCAGGGCUGCAGCCCCCCUCGGCCCGUGUGAGACCCCAUCGGGACAGCACCUCCCCGCCCUCUGCCCACACGCGGUCCCUGCCACGUCCAGAGCUGCUGGGCAGGUGCCCUCCGCGCGGGAACAGGGCCCGGCGCUGCUUUGUCACGUGGCCAGAGGAGCUCUGUGGCUUGCAGGCCCAAACCCUAAUAAAGUUUUCUACCAGCCGG